GAGGACACGUUGGUAGCCGAGGGAACAUUGCCAGCCGUGGAAACAUUGCAAGUAGGGGAAACCUGAUAUCUGCCGGAGGAAUCGUUAUGUACAAUGAUGGGGAGCUCUUCUCUCCAAGAAACGAUGCCGGCAAUGGAAUUGAGUUGUACAUGAUUGAUGAUGAGGCACUUGAUCAAGAAUCUGCAAUUCAAGACACCAUGGAACCAUAUGCACCUGUGGGUCAAAUUGAAGUGCACGAUAAACCAGGAGCUAUGGAUGAAAACAGAAAAAAGCUAAACAAAUUGACGACUCCAAUUCCCAAAAGCAAGAAACUUCCAAGCGUAAAGCAACAAGCCUCGCACGGCUUAAGCAAUGAAACAACACCGAAGAAACGCGGCUCACUUGCUGAACCUGUGAAGCUAAGGUCAGCUACGAAGGGACUAGACCAGAAACGAGCGCAAAAGGCAGGGCGACUAGAGCGUCUUCCUCUGGUUCAAUCGGAAACUCUGCUCAGUGUGCAGCAAGCUCUCAAAAUGUACUCCUCUUCGCUUGACGAGUACGACGACCUGCCCUCCCCUCGCGAGCUUUCCCUGGAGAUGAGAUCCAGCUUUGCGACUAAGAGAAUUUAUCGAGAGAAAGGAAUCGAACUUUGAUCCUGAUACAGUGCGCUCGAGCUUGUCGCCAUCUUGCAGUUGAAAUACCAGUUGAAUCAUCUGAUCGCAUCAGAUUAUUGUACUGAAAUGAAUGCCCGACUGCACUAC